UUGUGAAUGGAUUUGGUCUAACGACAUUUUAAUUAGUCAAAAGUGAAAUUGUCACUCGGCUUAUGUAAUGUUUAGAAGUCCUUCUACAGUCCUCACACAAACGGAUGACACGACCCUCGUUCUGUUUACUUCCGCAUCUUCACGGUUCUUCCUGGUCGGAGCUGUGAGGAAACACAAGGAGAGCUGAGCUGAUACUCCCGAUGGAUUCAUGUUGAUCCUGAAUUUUUUUAAACUGAGUCGAGCAGAAGUGCGUGUGAGGAGACUGGCUGCUCAGCUGGGUAAACCAGCUAUGUCCACUGCCAUGGCCAAUGGGGAGGCUCCCACCGCGGCCAUCCUCAUCAUCGGGGAUGAGAUACUCAAGGGCCACACUGUGGACACCAACAGCGUCUUUCUUACACGAGCGUUAAGGAAGCUUGGCGUAUCAGUGCAGCGUAUAACAGUCAUUCCAGAUGUCCAGGACGUCAUUGCCAAAGAAGUGGCCCUCCUUUCUUCACAGCACACUCACCUCAUCACCUCAGGGGGCAUCGGGCCCACACAUGACGACGUCACCUUCGAGAGCGUCGCUAUGGCCUUCCAGGAAGAGGUCUAUCCCCACCCUGAGCUCUCACGGCUGGUGGAGGAGUUCUUCGGGGUGGUGGACAAAAACAGCCCGGCCAUGAAGUUGGCCAUGGUGCCCCGGUCAGCCAAACUCAACUUCGGAACAGACUCUCAGACAGGAAAACCUCUCCGCUAUCCACUGGUGAGUGUGCGUAAUGUGUACAUCUUCCCGGGAAUACCAUCUCUAAUGGAGAGGGCCUUCAGUGGCUUGGAACAUCUCUUUGCAAGUUCAGGAACCACUUUUCACACUCGUGAGGUUUUUGUGGCUGCGGAUGAAGCCGAAAUUGCCCCCGUGCUCACCAAACUCCACACCUCCUGGGGCCGCAAGGUGGCCCUCGGCUCCUACCCUGAUUGGCUGAGCAACUACCACCAAGUCAGGCUGGUCCUGGACUCGGACAGUCAGGAGGAGGUGGACAAAGCUCGGGCGCAGCUGGUCGAGGAGCUGCCUAAGGGAAGCGUGGUACCUUUCGUGAAGGACCCAGUGUCCAUCGCCACCGCUGAGGUGUACACGUUAGCCAACACCGGCACACCGAUGGGCGAAAAAGUUGCAUCUGCGCUGAAAACAGUUGAGGCGGCGCUGGAUCAGUAUUCCACGGAGCAAGUCUGUGUCGGAUUUAACGGCGGCAAGGACUGCACGGCGCUGCUCCAUCUCUACUACGCGGCAAUGAAGAGGCGCUACCCGGACAGUAAAGACAAGGUGAAAGCUCUUUACAUCCGCAUUGUCUCUCCAUUUUCAGAAAUGGAGCGGUUCCUCCAGGAUACUAUAAAAAGAUAUGACUUGGAUCUGUUCUCGGUGGAGGGCAAUAUUCGGCAGGCGCUGAACGAGGUGCAGGAGCGGAGGCCCGAACUGAAGGCCGUCCUGAUGGGCACCAGGAGGAGCGACCCUUACUCUCACACACUCACCCCCAUGUGUCCCACUGACCCCGACUGGCCGCCCUACAUGAGAGUCAACCCUUUACUGGACUGGACUUACCACGACAUUUGGUCCUUCCUGAGGACACUAUAUGUUCCCUACUGCAUUCUCUACGAUAAAGGGUACACGUCACUGGGCAGCAUGGACAAUACGUGUCGAAAUGCGGCUCUGCAGGUGGUCGACAGCAGGGGGGUGAAGCGCUACCAGCCGGCCUACCUGCUGGAGAACGAGGAAGAGGAGCGGAACUCACGCGUCUGAUGCUUUCUUACCUGUACAUAAACAAGGAUGUGUUUUUUUAAACUUCUGUUCAGCAGCUGAAAGAGCUGUAAAAGAAGCGUGUUUGGGUAGUGCAAACGUGUGUGUGUUACUGAUCCAUUAGCUUUCUGCGCUGCUGAGUAAAGCAUCAAUCAAGUCAUCUUUAUCUAUGGUCACGUGACUAUUUCAAAAUACAAUUGAUUAAGCUUGAGCGUAAAUCCAUUUGUCUCACUAUUCAAUCCUAAAUGUUGCCAAGAGAGAUUGCCGCCAAGACAGUAUAACUAGAAAUAACAGUUCGCUCACAAUACAUCACAGCACAUCAUAUAUAUUCCAUGGAUGAUGUGCAAAUUGGCUUUUUAGAGGCUCUGAGCAGUUUCAAGUAUGAUUAAAAACAGGCAGGUGCUUCCAACCUUAAAAAUCACAUAAUACUAAGUACAUUGAACUGAGCUCACGAGCAGGAGAGCUAAGACUUGCUCGUUGUACACAAAAACCCAAUUUCUCUCAAAUAAUUUUGUUCAUAAAUCUGUUUUAGUGAGCCCUUCUCCUUUGCCAAGAUAAGCCAUCCACCUCACAAGUGUGGUCAGUCAAUAUGCUGUUUUGACAGCAUGAUUGCUACAUUUAGAGACUUUUGUGACCCGUCCAAACAAUUAUUAAAUCAAAAAGCGAUCAGCAAAAAAAUCUUGCAAUUUCUCAUUCCGUUAUUGGAGACUUCCGGAGACACUGUGACUCCAUCCAGAGGAGAUAUUCAACCCUCCAUGUCAGGACUGCAAAUGACUGGUGCAUGUGCGAAGCCACCACUGGCUAAUUCAGCUAAACAUGGGCGAAAAAACAGUGUGCGUAGCCAUUAUUAUGUAGAUUUUCCCCACUGUUACACACAGUGCAGAAAAGCUUGAUGCAGGCACAUUUGCAGAAACUGGCAGGUGACGGAUUUACUCGGUUGUUUAAUUUCACUCUUGUUGGGUGGGCAGGCACUUCACUGUUUGUAUACGAGCAAUUAAAAAGUCAAUUUUCAUGAUGCAUCAUGAAAACUACAGUACUGGUAUUUUAAAUUACCACCUUUAUAAAUCACAAAGACAACACAAAACUGUAUAAUAAAACAUCACUAUUCAGCCAUCCAUUUUCUAUUGCCCUUAUCCCCAUUAGGGUCACGGGUGAACUGGAGCCUAUCUCAGCUGACUUUGUGUCAGAGGAAAGUAAACCCUGGAUUGCAAAUUGCAGGGCACAUAGACCAACACCCAAAUAAAAACUUAAAUGAA